AUGACAAAGACUACUUGCUGCUGUCAAGACUGUCUCAGCUGUUUCUUUGAUUAUGAAACACCCAGAACAAUUAUUAUUAAGAGCAAAGGAGUAGGACUUCUCUUCAGAUUGAUAAAUUUUCUGAUCGUUGCUUACGUCUUCGGGUAUGUAUGUUACCUGCAGAAGGGCUACCAGGAGACAGACUCUGUAAUCAGCUCGGUCACCACUAAGGUCAGGGGAUAUGCUUUCACCAACUCCUCCGAUUUGGGACCCCAGAUUUGGGACGUGGCUGACUUUGUCAUCCCCCCUCAGGGGGAGAAUUCGUUUUUUGUUUUGACUAAUGCGAUUAUUACCCCAAGGCAAACUCAGUCAAGCUGUCCUGAGCUCCCGACCACAUCAACAAUUUGUAUAGAUGACUGUGACUGCACUGAGGGUUUCAGUGAUCCUCGUGGCAAUGGUAUCCAGACUGGCCUAUGUGUGAACUAUUCAGACACCAUCAAGACCUGUGAGGUGCAAUCUUGGUGUCCACUUGAAUUAGAUGUUAACAUACCUGAGCCAGCACUGCUGGGUACAGCAGAGAACUUUACAGUACUGAUCAAAAACAACGUGAUAUACCCCAAGUUCAACUUCAACGGAAGAAACAUCAUGUCUGACAUCAUCAACACUUCAUACCUGAAGCAAUGUGAAUUCAGUCGCAAGACAGAUCCUCACUGUCCCAUUUUCCGUCUUAAGACCAUGGUCUUAGAGGCCGAAGAAGACUUUCAGACCAUGGCUGUCAAGGGUGGCGUGCUUGGUAUUCUUAUCGACUGGACCUGUGACCUAGACUGGUGGGGGAAGCCUUGCCAACCUCAGUACACCUUCCGUAGGCUUGACGACAAAAACCCUACCAACAACGUUGCUCCUGGAUACAACUUCAGGUUUGCAAAAUACUUCAACAACAGUGAUGGUGAGGAAACAAGAACCUUGACCAAAGCCUAUGGAAUCCGUUUUGAUGUCAUCGUUUUUGGAAAUGCAGGUAAAUUCAGCAUUGUCCCAACCAUCGUGAAUUUGGGUGCAGCGCUGUCAUUCCUCUCUCUGACGGGUGCAGUUUGUGACUGGGUUCUGGUGACAUGUACAAAGAGAAGGCAUUAUUACCAAAAACACAAAACCACAGUCCUUGAGGACAGUGAUGACACUACUGAAUCUAUGUCUAUGGGAACCACUUACGGAACACACUAAAGCCUAAACAUACAUACUCCUUGUUUAAAUGUACACACAGCUGUGAUGUCAUUAGGCAGGUACAAUCCCUGCAUUUAAUAAACUAAAACAUCAGCACUGUUCUUUACUUAUUGUCUGAUAUCGCUUCCAGAGACAGUUUAGAGAAAAUCAUUUUAAUUUGUUUAAAAUUGCAAAAUCAAAUUCCUGCUCACAGAUACUACAAAGAACAAAUUCAGUAACACUUUAGCUUAAGUGUACAUUCACUAUUGCGACUACAUAGAAUGUAGUUACAUAGGAAUUAUGGUCAACAGUGACGACGAUGCAAUAACAAUUACAGCAGUUACCAUAAAUGCGAUAACAGUACUACAUUAGCGUCACUGUUCAUAUUUCAAUUCACGUACGUUUAAGGUAAAGUGUACACAGAAAAA